GACGUCUGUGAAGAAAGAAGGACGAGGAGAAAACAGGAGGACGUGACUUCGGGAAGACGGGAAAGAGGAAAGGACGUUUGUGGAGGAAGCCAGGCGUUGUGGAGGAAGACAGGAGAGGGCAGCGCAGAUUAAAGAGAUAGCAAAGCAAAGAAGAUAGCUGUGACAGGAGAGAAGGAUUAAAAAGGCAUUUGGGAGACGAUUUGUGCAAAUAAAGAAAAAAACAUAGCAAAAUAAAGAAGAAAACAUAUCAAAAUAAAGAAGAAAAUCCGCUCUGCAUGUGAAAACAGAAGAGAUGGAGUCGGUGGGGAAGCUUGUGCGGCUCACGCUGCUGGUGCUGAUGGGAACAAAGCUGACUCAGGUGUGGCCAGCCCAGCCAGAGGAAGGCUGGCAGGUGUAUAGUUCAGCCCAGGACACGGAGGGGCGCUGUGUUUGUACCGUGGUGGCUCCGCAACAGACGGUCUGCUCCAGAGAUGCCAGGACUAAACAGCUACGCCAGCUCCUGGAGAAGGUUCAGAAUAUGAGUCAGUCCAUUGAGGUUCUGGAUCAGCGGACUCAGAGAGACCUGCACUAUGUUGAGAGAAUGGAGGUUCAACUUAGGGGGCUGGAGAGCAAAUUUAAACAAGUGGAGGAAGGACAUGAAAGCAACAUUGCCAGGCAAUAUAAGGCUAUCAAAGCAAAGAUGGAGGAGCUUCGCCCCCUCAUCCCUGUGUUAGAAGCCUACAAGGCUGAUGCUCGGCUGGUUGGUCAGUUUAAGGAGGAGGCGGCUAACGUGACAGCGCUCCUAAGCUCCCUGCAGGAGCAGCUGGGGGGCUUUGACUACCAGGAACUCCAAAACCGAGUGUCCACCUUGGAGGAGAGACUGAAGGCCUGUAUGCAGAAACUAGCAUGUGGAAAGUUAACAGGAAUCUCGCAGCCAGUCACCAUUAAGACAUCGGGGUCGAGGUUUGGAUCAUGGAUGACAGAUCCAAUGGCCCCCGAAGGAGACAACAGGGUGUGGUAUAUGGAUGGUUACCAUAACAACCGCUUUGUUAGGGAAUACCAGUCGAUGUAUGACUUCAUGACAUCAGACAACUUCACAUCCCAUCGCCUCCCUCACCCCUGGUCCGGCACGGGUCAGGUGGUCUACAAUGGUUCCCUGUACUUCAACAAGUUCCAGAGUCACACCAUCAUUAAGUUUGACUUCAGCAGCUCCCUGAUUGGUCGCUCUCGUCAGCUGGACUUUGCUGGAUACAACAACAUGUACCAUUACUCGUGGGGGGGGCACUCCGACAUCGACCUUAUGGUGGACGAAGGUGGGCUCUGGGCUGUGUAUGCAACCAAUCAGAAUGCAGGGAAUAUCGUCAUCAGCAAAUUAAAUCCCAGCACUUUGCAGAUAAUUCGUAGUUGGACCACCAACCACCCCAAACGCAGUGCUGGUGAGGCGUUCAUGAUCUGUGGAGUGUUGUACAUUACCAACGGGUACUCUGGUGGAACCAAGGUGUACUACGCCUAUUCUACCAACUCCUCCACCUACGAGUACAUAGACAUCCCUCUGACCAAUAAAUACAGCCACCUGUCAAUGCUUGACUAUAACCCACGUGAACGAGCCCUGUAUGCCUGGAACAAUGGCCACCAAGUCCUUUAUAACGUGACGCUCUUUCAUAUAAUACAGUGACCUCCACCUUUAGAUAGCAACUCUUUUUUUACACGAGCCAGACACCAAAUUCUGCAGACCAUUACUGCUUCUACUCAGAAAGUCACCCCAAUCCUCAAAUGAUAUUGACAGAUUUGCAAUAAAGUCUACUCGUGAAAUGUAAUACAAAAUUGGAGACACAAUCAUAGCAACAAAAACAUAUUUCAUGAAAUGAAAGGACAAUGCUGAAAAUGAAUUUAUAACAAGUUGAAAGCUAGAACACAAAAUUGCAUGUCUCCAGCAAAGAAAAUGGUAAUAGUUUAGAAACAUUUAGUGGACUGAUUGUGAUACCAGCACCUGAGAGCCAGCAUGCUACACUUGGAAUGAGAAAUGUCUUCACAGAACUUCAUGACACUAUAGUUUGACACAUGACGGGAUAACAGGCCCUGUAUCUGACCUCUGAAGAAAAGAAAAACGUUGUGCUAUUUUAUAUUAUGCUUAAGAGAAUCUGCAUAACCCUCACACACUGGGACCUAUCAGUCAAGAAGUCCAGUAUCCAGCCCACUAGACGAAGAUCCAGUUUAAAAGAUGUUUCUGCUAACAGAUGCGGUUGGACCGUGUUGAAGUCUGAGGAGGACUCUAUAAACAACAGCCUGGCAUGAGCAUUUGACCCCUCAAAUUGGCGGUACAGAACAUUUAGUAGCGUUAUCAUGGCAUCCUGGGUGGCAUGGUGGAACUGGUUAGCACGGUCGCCUCACAGCAAGAAGGUCCUGGGUUCGAGCCCCGGGGUAGUCCAUCCUUGGGGGUCGUCCCGGGUCAUCCUCUGUGUGGACUUUGCAUGUUCUCCCCGUGUCUGUGUGGGUUUCCUCCGGGUGCUCCGGUUUAAUCCCACAGUCCAAAGACAUGUAGGUCAGGUGAAUCGGCCGUACUAAAUUGUCCCUAAGUCUGUGUGUGUGUGUGUGUGUGUGUGUGUGUGUGUGUGUGUGUGUGUGCGUGCGUGCGUGCGUGCGUGCGUGCGUGCGUGCGUGCGUGCGUGCGUGCGUGCGUGCGUGCGUGCGUGUGUGUGUGUGUGUGUGUAGGCCCUGUGAUGGCCUGGUGGCCUGUCCAGGGUGUCUCCCCGCCUGCCGCCCAAUGGCUGCUGGGAUAGGCUCCAGCAUCCCCACGACCCUGAGAGCAGGAUAAGCAGUUUGGAUAACGGGUGGAUGGAUGAAUGGAUGGGUCGAUGGAUGUUGUGCAUAACCUUUUACUGUUUAAUUUAAUACAAAGUUCUCCAAAAUAUUACAACAUUCAAAUAGAGUCAAUAAAAUGUUCUCUGAAGUCCAACCCAUAGCGUGAGCUCUGGUCUUCAAUUAAGUCUGGGUGCACUCCUUUAAGUUGGACAUAAUAUCUCCACUAACCCA